UUAAACUUUAUUGGAGAGGCAGGUAAAGUGUUGUUCGGUACAUUAGGUGAGGAUUUGAUCUCUGCAAUCGUGAAUGCACAGAAAGUUCUGUUAGAGCCACGUUUAAUCAAUCCAGUACAAAUAGUGCCAUGCACUCCUGCAUGA